AAAAUUCCAAACGUUGAUUUGUCUAAUCGUCGCCUUGAUCUUCAGAUGGCACCUCAAUCGCUCAUCCAUCACGAAUGUAGAAGAAGAGUGAGAAUAUGGCGUCAAUGUGCGCGCGCGCGCGCGAGUGUAUGUGUACGAUAGGGUGAAUGUCACUUUGUAGCCACUUGCUUCCUUAUCAUUCGACAAAGAACGCUUAUUAUUCUUGGUGAUUUUAUUAUUAGCCGCGUCUCGUGCUGAGUUAAUAACGUAGCGUUAUAGUGUAAUGAAGACUGGCUUCUACGUCUUCUAUUCUGACAUGCGGUUCACGAUCGCUGAUCGUCUUUUUGAGGUUAGCUCAUGAGCGUGCGGCUUCGCGCCGCGGUAUUGUCUCACGAAAACGUCCGUGUUGAUUAUCCACAUAUCUCAAUUUCUAAGUUAUUCUUUUUGAUCGUAUAACAAGAUUUUUGAAAUUCGAUGCGCUACUAUAAAAUAUCUCAUGUUGAUAAAAUACAAAUUAUAAAUUUGCUUUUCUGUGAAUUAAAACAAAAGAAGUCAGAAUGAAGAAAUGUCCGGCUCAAGAUCAACAAGAAAAGGUAAAUGAGUUAGAAGUGAACAAUGAUGCUAAAGACAUUCAAGAGAAGAUGAAGAAGGUGGAGGUGAAGUCUUCGUCGUCUGUUAGUUCUUUGGCGAAGAAUGAUGUACUGUUACCUAGUGGAAUUGCUCGAGUAAAGCAAUUUCAGGAAGCGAGAGCAGUUACUCAAACGAGAUCAUCGUCAUCAGGCUCGGCUACUGGCAAUCCCCGAAAUAAAACCGCGCUAGCACCCGGCCACAGUUUGAUGGACUGGAUCCGAUUGGGCAAUUCUGGAGUUGAUCUAACCGGCGUUGGUGGUGUUCCACGGAUCGUAACAUUAUCCGAGUUGGCCAGUCAUAAUAAGCAAAACGAUGCUUGGAUCGCGAUUCGAGGAAUCGUGUUCAACGUGACACGUUACAUGGAUUUCCAUCCAGGAGGUAUAAGUGAAUUGAUGAGAGGGGUCGGCAAAGAUGCGACCAAACUGUUCGAAAGCGUGCACGCUUGGGUCAACUAUCAGAGCAUCCUUCAGAAAUGCGUGGUGGGAAGGCUGAGCCGUGGCUCGAUGACCGGUUCCUCCUCAUCUUCGAUGGAAAACCCUGUCUCGGCCACCACCAAUUGUUCAUCGACGGCGCAGAACCUGAUAACGACAAGUUGCACGACUCAUAGUACCAGUCAAGAAAACGUGUCAGACGGUGAUUUUUCGAAUAUAAAAAUGGAUUGGAGGCAGACAUCCAACACGAUCACGUUAUUUUACCAAACUGUUCGAGAUUAUCCUGGUGUUAGCUAUCAAUUAAGUAGGAUAAGCGACUCGAAGUUGAUAUUCAAAUUAUUUUUCGAGAAGGACAUAAUAACGCAUCAGCUGGAACUGACAGCGGAAAUAAAAUGGCCGCCGUUAUGCACCAGAAAUUUCGACACGAUGGAGGUCGAUUUUACAUUUACGAAACAGAAGAAAGAGAUAUGGAAAUCUCAAGGUAGUCAAACGAUAUCCAGGGAGACAAAUACGAAUAAUCGAAUUUACAAAGAAUACGAAGUUGUUACGAAUAAACCCCUUUCCAAAUUAGUUCACCUAUUAGUCGUUCGAGCGAAAAACUUUUUGCAAAUGGUGCCCAUUGGCAGACACGUAGAAGCCAAAAUGAACGUCAUGGGGAUGGAAGUAUCACGAUCGUACACGCCUGUCCCACCGUGCCUUCACCCUGACGACAUAGCGCCGAAUUACAAAUCCGAUUGUUUGUGUUUAAUGAUCAAAAGAUAUCCCCAAGGUGCUCUCAGUCCGUCCAUAACCGCUCUUCAGAUUGGCCAAACCUUCCUCUUGAGCAAUGCUUUAGGUGCCUUUGUAAUAGAAUCCUUCGAUCGUUAUUCUGUCAUUCAUAUGCUCGCGGGUGGCACCGGUUUGACAGCGAUGCUUGGCAUCAUUCAACGAGCUUUGGCCAGACGCAGCGUAAAGACUAUAAACUUACUUAACUUCAAUAAAAAUGAAGAUAGCAUGUUUUACGUGGCGGAGUUAGAAAAGGCUAGUACAGAUAAAAAAUUAAAAGUCACACAUAUCCUUUCGCAAGCCGAAAGCACAUGGACGGGUAGACGUGGCACGAUAUCCGAUGAUUUAUUAAAGGAAUUAGUCGCAGAAACUUCCCCUGACGCGUGUGUUUUUACCUGUGGACCUCCAGGAUUCAUACAAUCCGCGAAAAAAUCUCUUCAAAAAUUUGACUGGAAACCCUACCAAAUGUACGAAUUUGACGAUUAAGUGCACUCAUCGAGAAUAUAUAUCUCUCUUUUGAUACCAAAUGUCGAAACAUUGAACGCAUGAUGGAAACAUUGGUAUUCUUUGAGAAAAAUAAUUACGUAUCAUGUUGUCGAAUUUUUAAAAAGAAUCUUUUGGAUACUUUUACUCCUAUUUCCGCCCACAGCCUCAGUAUCGUGCAUGUGAGUUCAUUCAUAGAAAUGAAUUUCGAAUAUAUUAAAUAUUUUGAAAAGUGAGCAAAUUUUAUUUCAAAAAUUAUUAUAUAUAUAUAUUUUAUGUAUAUUUAAUAUGAAUAUAUGUAUAUAUAAAUAAAUUUUAAUAAAAUAAAAUUUUAUUAAAAUUUACAUAUUGAAUGUAUCAGAAGAAAUUCAUGUUUCUUUUUCUUUUAUAGAACUGAUGUCUUCCUUUUGUGUAAUUUCUUCGAUUUAAUUUUGUCAAAUCACAAGAUUGUGUCAAAUGCGCAACAAUUGAGAAACAAAUUUCUAUUUAAUGCAAAUGCUCACUUUUUGUACUAUAUCGACAAAAUUCGAAAAAAAAAGAGAAAAACGAGAAAAAUAAAUAAGAAAAAAAAUAGGAGUAAGAGUCACAAAUGAAAGUCUUUGGAUUCUAUGGGACGAACUGUGUGUAUAAGCGUCCAUGAAUGUACUUUCUAUAUGAAAACAAAUUAUUUUUACAAAUGUCUUUUAAUCUAUCAUCCAGAGAACUGUAUUUUGAACGAUUUAUCCGAAAAUAUUCACAAAUAUCUUCGGACGUAAACCAAUUCGAAACGAUCAUGGUGCUAUUUUUUAAUCCCUUCGUGCUCGAUUUUGCGUAUAAGAUACAUUCACAUACUUGGUAUUUUAAUAAUGGAACUAUCAAAUCCAUUAAAAGAUAAAAAUAUAAUUAUAUAUAUAUAAAGAAA